CAUGGUGCGGCGUUCCAUUUGUCCAGGUGAUGUCUAUGUUUCUCUGGAUUUCCACGUACGUAGGUUAUAUAUGUGUGUAUACCCAUGAAAACAAUCUCAGGUUUUCUGGGAAAUUAGAACUACGACCUUAGCUUGCCAAAGCAUACAUACAUACCAUCAUGGUUUGUUCAUCUGCAAAUAAGUCGUCUUCUACAUUGAGAAAAGGAGCAUGGACUCAAGAAGAAGAUAAUAUCCUGCGAAAGUGCAUUCACAAUUUUGGUGAAGGAAAAUGGCAUCUCGUCCCUGCUAGAGCCGGGUUGAAUAGGUGCAGGAAAAGUUGCCGAUUGAGAUGGUUAAACUAUCUCCGUCCUGAUAUAAAGAGAGGUCAUUUCGGUUUGGAUGAAGUUGAUCUCAUCCUGCGCCUCCAUAAACUCCUAGGCAAUAGGCAAGUUCAAUUCAACAACUAAUUCGUACUCUUACAAUUUAUGGUUGGACUAGAUGCUUGGAGGAUCAUUCAUUUCACUAUCACAUACUCAUUAAGUAUUGGCCCAUUUGCAAUUGCUCCUGUUCCCCAGCUACAUAAUGCCCGUCUGCUUCCAUCCAUAAUUUUAUGGUGACAACUCCGGUACCUUUCUAAAAUAUGGGGUGGUCGCUUAUAGCCGGCAGAAUUCCAGGAAGAACAGCAAAUGAUGUGAAGAACUACUGGAACACUCAUCUUCAGAGGAAGAAGACAGAGUUUCCCAUGGCGGCUUCUUCCACGCAAGAAAAGGGGAAGAGGAAAAAAGCCCCCAAUAUUUCAGAAAGCUCUGCCGUCAUCAGACCCCGCCCUUCCAGAUUCUUAAUCAACCCCGCAUCUCGAAAACAGUCGACUGCCGGAGACAGUACCGAUGAUGUUCCGGCAGCCCAACACGGCACAGCGCCGCCGGAACCACCGUCAACGUCGUCGCCGGUGGAUUUGAGGCGGGAUGAUAAUUUCCACGAAAGGGCUGAUUUAGUCACAAAUCUUUCGCCUGAAGAAACUUUAUCCGAUACGAUGCAGUGGUGGGAAGAUUUCCUCGUGGGUGAUGAAGAAACCACAUCCAUAGAGGAAGGGGAAAUUGGUUGGGGAGAUUUUCCCAUUGAUGUGGACCUUUUAGAGCUUUUAAGUUAAUAAGAGGAGAUUUAAUUAACAAAUCUAAGAGAAUCUCCAUAAUUCAUAGGGUAAAUUUUUACAUGUGAGAUCCAAUUUGUAUCUCAUAUUUUUUUUUGUAAAAAUAUGAAUGAAAUAAUAAUGACAAAUAUAUCACUACACUAAAAUUUAUG